AUGGGCUUUGGGCUGCAAAUUAAUCGGGCCCGAACUUCUGAGGAUCAAGCAGAGAUAAAAUUGGCAGCGGACAAGUUCUAUGGCUUCUUUAAGAACAAAAUAAGCUCUUUUUUUCAGAUGUUCCCUCAAAUCCUCAAGAGCUUUGAAGUUGUAGGGGAAGGUGAGAUCAGAAUUGGCUCAGUGACAAAAUGGGCAUUCAACAUUCUUUUUCUGCCAGACUUGAACUGCUUCAAAUCAGAAAACCUCACAAAAUCCAUGCUUUUGGUGAACCCAACAUCGUCUCCCUGCUGUUUAGCCCCGGGUGUGGAAACAACAAAACUUAAAAUCCAAGAAGCAGAUGAUGAAAACACAACGAUCACGUUCAUUGGUCUUGAAGGAGAUAUUUUGAAGGGUUAUAAGAGUUUCAAGGAGAAGCUCCAAGUUAUUAAAGCAGCUAAUGGUGGGAGCAUAGUGAAAUGGACAUUCGAGUGUGAGAAGGCAAAUGCAAAUGCAAAUGCACCUGAUGCAAAGAUAGGCAUGCGGACCUUUCAGUUAAAGUUGUGA